AUGGCAGAUCUUACCGUGCACGCGCGACGAGUGGCAUGGGACAGCCACAAGGGUGAUCAUAGCCCAAGCCAUAGCAUCAGAAAGCUAUCACGAUCGGCUCCGUUGUCUCUAUUUAUUGAAGCAUUGGAAGCAGAUGGUUGCGUGAUCGUCAAGGACUUUACGGACAAGGCUACGCUUGAGAAAGCGGACUGGGAGGUACGGCCGUGGCUUGAUCAGCAAGCCGAUGGAGUAAAAGUGGGCGGCAAGUUUUCUCCUCUGUGCGAAACUGCAGCUCUUCUGUGUAUUGACUGGCUUCAAGCACUUCAGGGCAAGACAAGAACGGUAACCAGACUCAUCGGGAGAAGCCCAACGGUGAGGGAGAAGUUCUUUGCCGACCCGCUCUAUCAAGCCUUGUGCGAACAUUUUCUGGCCCUUGAGACGACCCAUUACUACGGCAACAAGCCCGUCACGACAACUAGCUACCCGCUCCUCUCCAUCUCGAUUGCGUUUGAUAUUCCCCCUGGGACUUCUGCACAAGGUCUCCACCGCGACGACAAGAAUCACCAUGCCCGCCAUAGUCACGCCGACAAGUACGCAAAGGGCCGCGACAUGCUAUUGGGACUGUUUGUCCCAGCGUGCGACACGACCAAGGCUAACGGCGCCACAAGAGUCGUGCCUGGCAGCCAUCUAUGGGGCGAUGACAUGCCCGAUUUUGGGGCUGACGGAACCCGGGGAGUUCUUGACGCCGAGAUGCGCCGGGGAGAGGCCUUCAUCAUGCUGGGAAGUCUCUACCACGGAGGCGGAGCGUAUGAGAAGCCACUAGGGACAGCAAAGGACGCUGACACAGAGAGCAGGACGGUGUAUGCCAUGUUUUCAUGCACCGGUGUGCAUCGGCAGGAAGAGAUAUCGUUUCUGUCGUACUCGAUUGACGAGGUCAAAACAUACUCGAAGCUUGUGCAAGAACGUCUAGGGUGGAAGCAGAGCGAACCCAAUCUAGGUUGGGUCGACCUGAAGAGCCCCGAGUUCCUGCUGGCGCAAUGA